AUGGGAAACACUCAGGUCCAGCCUCCAGAGAGAGACUUCUGUGACCUGGACCCACAGCAGGGUUUACCGCUGGUCCAGCUCACAGUGAUGCCGUCCUUCUUCCUGGUGGUGCUGGUACUCGGGCUGCCCCUCAACCUGCUCUCCCUCUGGAUCUUCUUCCACCGCCUGCGUCGCUGGACCCGCAGCACCGUGUUCCUCUUCAACCUGACCCUGGCCGACACCUCGUGGCUGCUGGCCCUGCCCCUCCUCGUCCACUACCACGUGGACCGGCUGAGCUGGAGGCUGGGGCUGCCGCUGUGCGUGGCCGUGAGGAUGCUCUACCACAACUACUUCUACCUCAGCAUCUUCUUCGUCACGUGCGUCAGUGUGGACCGGUACCUGGCCAUCGUGCACCCGCUGCGCUCUCUGGUGCUCCUGGGCCGGAGGAAGACGUGCCUGCUGUGCGUCGCGAUGUGGGCGGCCACUGUGCUCCUCAGCGUGCCGGUGGCCCGCAUGACUCUCAUCCAGACGUGCCCCGAGACGAACCGCACCGUGUGCACCCUGUACGUCCUACUGGCUGACACCAGGGAGAGCUUACCGUACUCCCUGGCUUUCUCCAUCCUCUGCUUCCUCUUCCCCCUGCUCCUCAUCUGCUACUGCGGCCUGAGAAGCGUCCGGGAGCUGCGGCGGAGGCCGAGCCGAACUGACCCGCACAACAGGCAGCGGCGGCGGCUGCGGCGCGUCCUGAGCGCGACGCUGGUCCUCUUCGCCCUCUUCUACCUGCCCUACCACCUGAGCCGCAACGCCGCCAUCGUGAUGAGGGCGGUCUACCCGGACGACCCAGCCUCCUGGUGGGCUCCGGACCUGGCCUUCACCCUGGAGAUGUGCUUCUGCAGCCUCAUCACCUGCAUCAACCCGCUGUUCAGCUGCUUCAUAGGCCGCCAGUUCAGGGGAGCGUCCCAGGGCUCUCUGACGCUGGUGUUCUCCCAGUGUCCGGGCAUGCAGGUGGCCUCGGUGGUAUCCAAGAGGGCCCGGAGGACAGUGAGGAGGAGGCAGGGGGUGUCUGCUGUCACACCCGAGUGCGCUCUGCCAUCACCUGCACUAUAA